GGUGAAGCAAAGUUGAUGAAAAGAAGGGAGGAAAGGAAGAGAGCAAGAAAUGCACUGAUAGAAGAGACAAUCAGACUAGAAGCUGCUAAUAACCCUGAAGCGGCAGAUAAGAAGCCCAGUAUAGGAGUACAGGGGAUAUCGCCCAGAGAGAUCGCUGCUAAAACAACUCCCUAUAAUGCGGAUAUCAGAUCUAACGCUCCUGAUGUGGAAUUAGACGUGGACAUACCCACAGAUCUGUUAGAUAACCCUACUGUUAUCAGGCUAGCUCAGCAACUCCAAACCAGCGAAAACCACAGAAAAGAAGUGCUGAUAAAUUGUGCCAAGUUAGAAAACGAGCGCUCCACCCUUAUUUACAAAGUAGAAGAUCUCAAAGAUCUCCUUGAAGACCAGUCAGAAUUAGCAUCAGAACUGAAAAUAACACUUAAAGCAAAGUGCCGGGAUAUUGAAAAGUUAAAGAUGCAAAUGACGCAGCGAUCUAAAGAGGUGGACUUGUUAACCUGUCAAGUUCAGCAACGGGAGGAACUGCUCAAGGAGAAAGCUGGCAUCAUUAUUACCCAACUAGGAGAUAUCAUGGAGGUGCCUCUUGAUGAAAUCAACCUUGAAAACGGAGAUAAUGUAACGGAAAAGUAUUCCAUAAAGAAAGUGGAAGACAUUGAAAAGCAAAACAACCAGCUCAAGGAGGAGAUCGCAGCGUUAAGAGAAGAACUACAGUCACGUGCUCAGAACCACGUGUCAAAUAACACACCUGACGUCACAGCCCCAGACUAUCAGAACCUUAUGAACGUUAGGCGACAACUGGAGAAAGAUAUAGAGGUCUAUAAAGCUCGCCUAACUGUUGAGGAGAGAGACAAGAUCAAACUCCAGGGUCAGAUAUCUGUACUCGAUAGUCAAGUCAAGAGAUAUCGCGGCCAAGUGCAAUCAUCGUCCGAGGCUGAAGAUGAGGCGCUCAGAGAAAAACGUCGACUUCAAAAAGAGCUGAGGAUAAAAAACGAAGAAUUAACACACUGCCGUGACGAAUGCGGUAUGUUAACAAAGAAACUGGAAAAAACACGGACAGUAAACAACAGAUAGUGAGCCUAUAAUGUUCCACAUUGGAACACAUCUCCUUUUCGACGAUAUCACAUGUAAUUAGGCUAAUUAGUUGAUAAUUAGCCUAAUUGUCAGAUAUACUUAGGCUUCUUUCUGGGGACUAAAAUAAUGUGUUACUUGGCAGGGGCAACUCCUCCGGUUAAUACACACACAGACUACUAUGUCUCUUGUUUUAGUUGAUAUAUUGACAAUCUUAGAAAAAUAAUAAUACACAUUUUGAUAAAUAACGCUACAAAGUGGGGCCGUCAUCAGAGGAAUUGCUAAUUGGUGCGAUAUUGCAUGUUACCUGAGGGCUAAACUUUUCUAGUAUAAACGCACCUAAAAACAUGCUUUUAACUUUGUUUAAGUUUAAUUUUACGUCUUAGCAUUAAUUUUUUAUACAGAAAGAAAAGACACUAGUAAGAAACAAACAAUUGCUAUUCUAUAAAAUUAAUUAUCCUAUAAUGUGUUAGAUCAUAAAUCAGUCACAGAACGCCUAAAUUGUUUAAAUAGUUUUGAGGUUUUCAGGGUUUGGCAAAUUGGUCCCUCCUGUUGGAGGUAUUGCAUUCCGACAAUAUGAUAUGAUUAGUAUCAAUAAUUCAACAGAGUUAACUUUUUUACCAAUGUUGUUUGAAGCACAGAUAUUAUGCUAAAAUUGAUAUUUCAAAUUUUGUAUCAAACCGAAAA